UGAAUCCAAAGAAACCUACUUCUUUUUGGCCCAUAUCCAAAGAACCUACUUUACUCGCAGAGUAAUUGACCUUUGAAGUUUGAACCACCAUUCCGGCAGCCCUGCAUUUCAUUAAGCUUCCGGUCCCGGCAGGCCGUGACAGAGAGAUGACGACGAUACGCCGAUUUUGCUGCAACGAUCUUCUUCGUUUCGCUUCCGUCAACCUCGACCACUUAACAGAAACCUUUAAUAUGUCAUUCUACAUGACCUAUUUGGCACGAUGGCCCGAUUAUUUUCACGUAGCUGAAGGCCCCGGCAAUCGAAUAAUGGGUUACAUUAUGGGGAAAGUUGAGGGGCAAGGUGAGUCUUGGCAUGGCCACGUAACAGCAGUCACUGUAGCGCCAGAGUAUCGCAGGCAACAGCUUGCUAAGAAACUGAUGAACCUUCUGGAAGAAAUCAGUGAUAAGAUUGAUAAAGCAUAUUUUGUGGAUCUUUUUGUGAGGGCUUCUAAUACACCAGCCAUAAAGAUGUAUGAAAAGCUUGGGUAUGUAAUAUACAGAAGGGUGCUACGCUAUUAUUCAGGAGAGGAGGAUGGGUUAGAUAUGAGGAAAGCAUUAUCUAGAGAUGUUGAAAAGAAAUCAAUCAUACCCCUCAAACGACCUGUUACACCUGAUGAAUUGGAGUAUGAUUAGAUCCGCUUUCUAUGGAACAUUUACCAACUAUUUUUUAUGAUGAUGCUUCGGAACAUGUUCAUGUAUUUCUUGAAAUGCAGAUGUGGGACAUCAGAGAGCUUUAGGUAUGCCAAACAUGAGGAACAAGAACAUUUUCUUAGUAAUGAAUUAUUCAGUGUUUCGUAUGUGGUUGUGAGCGUUAUCUUUCAUUGUACCUUGUAUUUUUCUAACUCUUUGGUCAUGCUUUUAUACAAAUCUUAUCCUUUACAAAUUACAAUACUACAAAAUUUCCUUUUCCUGAUA